ACACUCAAAGUAAUAACAUUGCUGUGACAGUCGUCAGUUCUUGUUUUAUUUUUCUACGGUGAGGACAACAGUUACAUUUUCCCCGCGGCAUUGGAAAGUUAUUAAUCAUCAUAUCCUGUUGAUGUAAAGAUGUUCGGGUUCUGGUGGCGCAAUUUGCUGACGAUAUUCAGCAUAUCGGUCGUUUGUGUUGCAAUCAACAGACCAGUUUACAAGAUCGUCCUUAACUCAAAAGGAUAUGUACAGUUCAUUCAAUAUGACAUGGAUGUUCCACCGCUGAGUGAGUUGACGCUGUGCGUAUGGGUGCGCGUGACCAGCGUCGAGAGCGACCAAAGUAUUUUCACCUACGUCGGUGCCGACGACAAACGUAUAAUGCGGUUAUGGCUGGACUCGGGAGGUCGGCGGUUGCGGAUCGCUCUGGAGGACGACCGCGUGGCGGGCAGCGCGGCCGUGGAGUUCGCGGCGGGCGCCUGGCGGGACGUGUGUGUGUCCUACCAGUCGGACCACGGCGUAUGGGCGAUGUAUGUCGAUGCCAAACUCAUAAGUUGCCAAGGCUCCAGAUAUCUACGAGGUUUUGAAUUUCCCGGAAAGGGAAGAUUGAUUAUUGGUUACGGAACAUCCGAAAAAGGUUUACCCACCGGACUGACAGGCGAGAUAUACGGUGCAUCAAUGCUAUCAUUAUCAACAAUUGAAAGAAACAUCACCAUUGACCCAAAUAAUUGGAAUAGACUAGAACCCAGAUUGAAAAACCAGCACAUAAGCAACGAAGGAGAUCAAUAUAUUGUUUUGGGCGACUUGCAAAAUGAUGACAUACAAACUGUGAAUCCGCGGACCAUAAAUAAGGAAUAUGAUUUCUUAUCUUCAGACAACAUGAAAAUAUUUUCUAGACCUUUUACAAAUGCUCCUGUUCCUAGCAAUGAACAUAAACAUGAAUUUUCAAUUGAUGAAAACCUUCCAUCUAAUAAAAAGGCAGUAAAAAAGAUUUUAACCAAACAUUUAAAAAUAAAAAAAUUAAGGCGCACCAUGAAUUUAAAAAAGAAUUAACGG